AUGGUCGCAACAAUCGCUUCGGGACAGCAUGCUCUCUCACAAAGACGUGCCCAACUCGCCGGGCCGUCGGGAGUGAAGGGUCUGCUCUCGAAUCUUCGAAUUUUCGCUAUCGCCGUAUUUGCUUCUCUUGGUGGUUUUGUGUAUGGCUACAAUCAAGGAAUGUUUGGACAAAUUCUGAAUAUGCCCUCUUUCUCCGCUACGGUGCAUCCUGAAUCAAUCUCCAACCCGACUUUGAGAGGAUUUCUGACCGCUAUUCUUGAACUUGGUGCUUGGGUGGGCGUUCUCAUCAACGGUGUUCUCGCCGACCGGCUUGGGCGUAAGUUGGCGACAUUUAGCGGCGUGAUUGUCUUCUUGCUCGGCGUUAUCGUCCAAGCUUGUGCCAAAGGACCCUCCUAUAUCCUCGGCGGUCGCUUCGUGACCGGUAUGGGUGUCGGUACUCUUUCUAUGAUUGUGCCACUAUACAACGCGGAACUGGCCCCUGCAGAGUUAAGAGGAUCUCUUGUGUCCCUUCAACAACUUGCGAUUACCUUUGGUAUCAUGGUAUCGUAUUGGAUUGGAUACGGAACGAACUACAUUGGAGGGACCGGCGCGCACCAGUCCAACGCUGCUUGGCUAGUCCCCAUUUGUAUUCAGAUUCUUCCCGCCUCGGUCUUGGUAUUGGUAUUCUAUUCAUGCCUCCUAGGUAUUCCUCGUUGGCUCAUGACCAAAGGCCGAGACGAAGAAAGUCUCGCCGUCAUUUCUCGGAUCCGAUCCUUGCCUUCCGAGAACGAACUGGUCCAACUGGAAUACCUAGAAAUGAAGGCGCAGCAUCGCUUUGAAGUCGAAACUUCGAUCGCACGAUUCCCUCAAUAUCAGGCUCCUGGGCUUAUGAAUCAGUUCAAAUUGGGUUUCCAACAAUAUGUCAGCCUUCUCACUAACAGAUCUCUCUUCAAGAGAGUUGUUGUUGCGGUAUUUAUUAUGGUUUUCCAACAAUGGUCAGGAGUCAACGCGAUCCUCUACUAUGCAGCUUUUAUCUUCAAGGAUCUCGGUCUCACGGGAAAUACCACGUCGCUGCUCGCCAGUGGAGUCGGCGGCAUUCUUAUGUUCCUUGCCACUAUUCCUGCCGUUCUGUACAUUGAUCAGCUUGGGCGUAAGCCUGUCCUGAUUGCAGGGGCUAUUGGGAUGGGCGUUUCCCAUAUUAUUGUUGCUGCUCUAUAUGGAUCUUUCAACAAGGACUGGGCAGCCCACAGAGCUGCCGGCUGGGUUGCUGUCGUUUUUGUGUGGAUUUAUGAAAUCCACUUCGGGUGCUCCUGGGGCCCAGGUGCCUGGGUCGUUGUAGCGGAGAUUUUCCCGCUCGGGUUUCGUGCAAAGGGCAUCUCUAUCGGUGCUUCUUCUAACUGGCUCAAUAAUUUCGCUAUCGGCCAAGCCACACCUCCCAUGGUUUCAUCCAUGACGUACGGUACCUUCAUUUUCUUCGGUCUGAUAUGCUUCAUCGGCGCACUAUUCAUCUACUUCGCUGUCCCUGAAACAAAGAAUCUUACCCUCGAGGAGAUGGACGAGGUCUUUGGCGAUGAAGCCGGAAAUGCCAUUGAAGACCGCAACCGUCUUGUCCAAAUUUAUACUGAGCUAGGCUUACUGGGUGAUGGUGUUGCGGAGGAAAAGCAUGUUCCUGGUAAUGAAACUGUUGAAGUCGAGCCGUAG